AUGUCAAACGAUUGGCUUAUAAAACCUGACGAAAUUAUCUUUGGAUGUGAUUGGGAUUGCUGUAAUGAUCCGAGACUGAUCAAAUCAUUAACGGAUGUGAUCAGCAUAUCGAUUGAUGAAGAAUGGUUUAGGAUUAACAUCUAUGGAACAGGAACAAAAACGAGAUGUCACGAUUGUGGAAUGAAAAUAUGUAAUAAAACAAUCAAUCUUGAUGAUUGUCCACUUGAAUCCUGCUCAAGUUUUGAAAUCUGCUCUUUACACGAUUGGAUCGUCAACGCUUCGACGAACGAGCAAUGUUUUGAUUCGAAAUGUAUACCAGAACAAUUGGUCGAACCACCUGAUGAAAAAUAUAAAGUUUCAACCGAAAUCAUCUUAUAUUUAGCACAAAAUCGUUCGCACUUUCACUAUCAUGGAAUGAAUGUCUAUUGUAUUGCACAAAAUUGUUCGCGCACAACGAUAUUUCACGAAAUAAAACAACAAAUCACCGUCAAUAUCGGCAAUCUAACAGCGUUUCCACCAACUCGACCACCCACAACAACUUCUACGACUCGAAAACCCGACUCUUUUGGUAUUAAGUGUUACAACUGUUCUUCGACGAACAUUACUCAGCCAUGUACAGAAAGUAAUGAAUACUCGAUCAGUACCAAACAUUGUAGGAUUUAUUAUGAUGAGAAUCGCGUCACAUUUUCAUCCGUUCCUGUCAAUUCCACUCAAUCUUACAUAUAUGAAUUCCCUUAUAUUUUUCUUGAACAAUCGAUCGAUUAUAACAAAACAUCGAAAAGCUGGAUUUUUACAAGAGAUUACAUUUCAUAUGGUUGUAAUCGAGAUUAUUGCAAUCAACCUCGUUUGACAUCUUCUCUUCUGGCAAGUAUUCAUCUUGCAGUAAAUACAUCUUGGUUGAAUGCGAAUGUGUUAGCAAUUGAUUCGUCGGCACGUGACUGUGAUCAAUGUCUAAAUAAUACUCAGUGUGUUUUUAAUGAAACUUACGCAGUUGAUAUAUGUCCAGUAGAAAAAUGUAAUUCUACUUGUUUUCUAUCGAAUAUCUACAAUCAUAUGACACCUGAUCAGCAAUGCAAUCAGUCAAUCUGUCGACCGACAGGAAACGAUAUACAUCGAGUUACUAUUCAAGGUAUUUUAUAUCUUAAUCGAUCAAAAUUGAACGUAGAAUUCUGGAAAGUAUCGAUUCCGUGUCACGCAUCGGAUUGUUCUCGAUCACGAAUUUUUCGCGAAAUAAACGAUCAGUUAAUCGUACGUAUCGGUGACUUAAAUGCUUUUAAUGAUAUUUCUACAACAACAACUUCAACGCCAAAUCUAUUGACGACCGCGACUUUCUAUGAUCGAGAUUCAUGUAAUAAUUCGAUGUUAGUGCCUGAUUUAAGUGGUUCGUGUGUUCCAAAACAUGACGCGCAUUAUGAAAUCGUCGAUUUUCUUCUCAAUGAAGACAAUACUGAAAAUCUAACUGCAGUUGCCACUGCUCUGACAGCUUAUUUUGGCACCAUGUCCUCUAUGAAUUCCACUGAACAAGAGCAAUUGAAUCGAACGUUAACACCCGACAUUAUCGAUAAUUUAGUUGGAAUUUUCAAUGCUAGUUUAACUCACAAUGCCUCAACAUCAUUUCUCGCCUGUCGACCAACCGAUGAAGAAGAUAUGCCCAUAGGUAUUUUAUUUCAUUCAGGUUUCGGAGGUGACAUAGUUUUCAAUUCAACCGAGGACGGUGCGAUUCAAUCAAAUUUAACCGCCGCAGCAAUAUUCAGUCGAGAUUCGAUUCUCUCGAAUGAAGUUAGUUUCAUCAACAUGCUUGUUAUCGAUCAACCACCAAUUGAAUACUAUCGGUCAAAACACGCCAAUGAAAAACUUCUCUCCUCAUCGAUUAUUGUCGCUAAAACACAACAAACUUAUUUGAACGAAAUGAACAUUUCAAUAUAUUUUCGCGUUUUGUUCGAACAAGAAUCUGAUGGAGAAUAUUAUUGUGCAUUUUACGACAUGACCACAUCCAGUUGGAACGAAUCCGGAUGUACAUUUCCAACCUAUAAUUUCGAUUUUCAACGAUAUGAAUGUUCGUGUAAUCAUUUAACAUCAUUUGCUUUGAUCUGGUUACCUGCGACUCUGAUAAACAAUGCAAAGCAAUCAUUAAAUAUCGAAGAUAUUUGUUCGCUUCUCUUUCAAUUCAUCUCCAUUCUUUGCUUUCUCAUCGUUUUCAUUCAUAGUUUAAUCAAACGUAAUUGUUGUGCUAACAGCAAACUCGCCGCACGUGAUCUUCUCCCAUUGAUAUCUUGCGCAAGUACCAUUUUACUGUUUACUUUCUAUAUCGCGCUCGUUUUAAUUGUUUACACUCGAAGCGAAUCAUUGAAUGAGAAAGAUUGUUUCCUUUCUGCUCAUAUUCUAAUGUUUAUCGUUUAUUUUCUUUUGAUUUUCAUGUUUUGUACGAAGACAAGUGUUGGAUUUUUCAAUUAUCUUCGUUUCGUUCAUCCACUUUCACCACCCUCAUUUCAACAACUUCGAACAUUGUUAUUUGUUUCAUUUCUCAUUUCCAUUAUCUAUUCGAGUUUUGCGAUUGGUUUGAACACAAAUCAAUCGUAUGGAAUGACACAAUUGUAUCCAUAUAGAAUCUGUUGGUUUGCAUCGAAUAAGAUUCAUUUUUUUCUGACGAUUCCAAUCGGUAUCUUCCUUUUUUUAAAUAUCAUUAUGAUUCUUCUCCUGGCGAAAUAUUUAAUCCGUCAUACGCGAAGUGUACCGACUUUGAAUCCAUUGAUCAAACGAAGCAAAAUGUGUGUUAUUGUUCUUCUCUCCUCAUGUAUGACACAAGGCGUUGCUUGGCUUCUCGGUCCGUUAAUUUCCGUAAUCAACUCAACGAGCGUUCAAGCUUUCACAUGGCUUUUCAUUAUUUUUAAUGGACUCGAAGGCUUAUGGUCAAUUAUUCUGUAUAUCGUCAUUAUUCGUCUACAAAAAAGCAAUGUUCAUACACAUUCAUUCACAGGCGAUACUUUAACGAAACUAUCAUCAAUUUCAUCAAAUCCACAACAGAAAAGGAAACAAUGA